UUCAGGAGGAAUCCUGACACAGCACAGGUGAUGCUUGGUUAGUACAGAUGUCACUAAUUCCGUUGAGUUAUACAGUUUCUUCUCCUUGACAUAUGUUUUUUUACCUUCCUUUCUAGGAAGGGGUCUGGAGGAGGGAAAAUUUCCCUUUCUGGUGAAAGGGGACUGGAGCAUUAUGACAGUCAAGUCUUUAAAAGCUUAUGAGUUCCCAGAGUCCUUGCCGAGUAACCGCUGCCUCCGCUGAUGUUGUCGGAUGUCAAUAAAGAGAGGUUGAAGGCAACACUUCUCAUGGAGCAGGUAACAUCAAAAGGUGCUGGCUUGAACCCCAACGCAAAAGUGUGGCAAGAAGUGCCCCAGGGCAGUGGUGAGGCCGUGCCCCCCACCAAUGGCACAGAGCACACGUGGCAGGAGACAGCAGCAGCCCAGGGGACUCCAGCUGAGGGUAACAUAGAGAUCUCAGAGGACAGCUGCAAGCAGUAUGAAGUGAUGUAUUCCCCGUCCUGUGAAGCCCCAAGGAAUGGCGCAGGAGCUGAUGAGGCGUCAGCAAACGGAAUUGUCCUGGCGACUGAAGAUCUGGGGUACCAAAUCUAUGAAGUGUCUGGUGAUGGCAGCUCCACUGUGUCCACAGAAGACAUCAGAGAAUGUUUGAGAAAACAGCUUGAAUUCUGCUUCUCUCGAGAGAAUCUUUCCAAGGAUCUCUACUUGAUGUCUCAGAUGGACAGUGAUCAGUUUGUUCCAAUAUGGACAAUUGCCAACAUGGAAGGGAUUAAGAAGCUGACAACAGACAUGGACCUUAUUCUUGAAGUUUUGAGAUCUUCUCCUAUGGUACAAGUGGAUGAAAGGGGGGAGAAAGUCAGACCAAACCACAAACGAUGUAUUAUCAUUCUCCGUGAGAUCCCUGAAACUACACCUAUAGAGGAGGUGAAGGCUCUGUUCAAGAAUGAGAACUGCCCCAAGGUGAUAAGCUGUGAGUUUGCUCACAACAACAACUGGUACGUUACAUUCCAGUCCGACACAGACGCGCAACAGGCAUUCAAAUACUUAAGGGAAGAAGUGAAAACCUUUCAGGGCAAGCCAGUAAUGGCCAGGAUAAAAGCCAUCAACACGUUUUUUGCUAAGAAUGGUUACCGGGUCGUGGAUUCCAGUGUGUAUCCCCAGCCUGUGCAGACCCAAGCCCAGUUUGCCUCCCCCCUGUUUAUGCAGCCUGUAUAUAGCCCUCAGCAGUACUCGAUUUACAGCAUCGUGCCUCAGACGUGGUCUCCAAAUCCUGCACCUUACUUUGAGACACCACUGGCCCCGUUUCCCAACGGUGGGUUUGUGAAUGGCUUUAAUACACCAGGAUCAUAUAAAACAAAUGCUGCUUCUCUGAGUAUAGGUCGCCCAUUCCACAGGAAUCGGGUGAAGCCCCAUUUCCGCUCGUCCGGCAGCUCGGAGCACCCCGAGGGGCCGCCCGGCGCCGGGGCCCUGCCCAUGGGGGACCUGAGCAGAACCAGCUCAAGGAAUUUUGUCAUGGAGCGACACAGCGGCUCGUUGAGCGGGCACCAAGACCAAGGGUAUUCCCAGAAGGAUUCUCCCGCGGCGCAGCUGGAGCAGAACGGCGAUUACGGCGUCGGCAGGGGCAGGAGGAACGUGUUCAGGGGUCGGAGGAGACGGGAGGACGACCGGGUUUCGAGACCUCAGCCUUCAGCAGAAACAAAGACUCAGACACCAAAGUUUGACUUGCUUGCAUCAAAUUUCCCACCUUUGCCUGGCAGCACAGCAAAAAUUCUGGGAGAGCCUGUGCUGGAGAGCAGGAUGUCCGACAUCGUUAAAGGAGUCUGCAAAGAGAAGGAAAGCAAAGACUCCCUGUGCCCCUGCCCUGCUCCUGCUCCGGAUGAACAAACCCCCAGCGCUGCCCAACCGCCCGUGCCCAGCGUGAGCUCCCCGAGCCAGACUGAGCCUGUGGUGCUGAGCACGGUUCAGCCAGAGAGCAAACCAGAAGAAGUGUCUGCUCCAAAGGACGUGGCCAGCCCGGCUUCUCCGCCGGCAUCCGUCUGUCCCAUCAGCGCUGCAAAGCCACCGAGGACAAACACCUCCUCACCUUCUGCUCAAGCAAGUGCAGCUCCUGCUCUGUCGACACAGGAGCCUCGCAAGCUCAGCUACGCCGAAGUUUGCCAGAAACCCCCAAAGGAGCCGCCUCCAGUCCCUGUCCAGCCUCUGAGGGAGCACCGCGCCAACAUCGUUCCCCCUGCCAAAAAUGAAGAAAACGGUACGCUGGAGAAAGCUCCGGAGAAGGCUCCUCACGAGAGGGCUCCUCACGAGAGGGCUCCUCACGAAGGCCGAAUGAAGGAUUACUCCGGGUUCCGCGGCAGCGGGGCUCCCAGGGGAGCUGCUGGGAAAAUCAGGGAACAGAGGCGCCAGUUUGGACGCAGAUCUUCGCCUCAGGGAGCGCCGCGCCGCGUGGGCAAGGAGCAGUACGUGCCACCCCGGUCACCAAAGUAACGCUGGGCCAGCCAAUGAUUCUGUGUUUCACUUGAGCUGUGGACUAAAGAGCAGCAGAGAGACUGAGGAGGGAAGGAUUCGGGAAGGGGAAUACUGAACUGGAGCGUGGCUUGUUUGGAGAAGUUGAGGAGGGUCCCAAAAUUCAUCUCUAAAAGUGAUUUCACAAAUGCUGGAGGAUUCCAAUCACUAUAAAUAUAGAGAUUAUAA